AUCAGCCGCUUGUGUUUACCUCUGAAGUCUGGACUGGAUAGGGGAUAGCUAGCUAAACCACAAUUCAGACACGGGCAAGAAAAAAACUUCUCCGGAAAUGCAAAUACAACAUUUUUUGUUUUGAAUCCUACACAGGUUUCUACGGGGCCGUUAGGUGUAGAAACUAGGACAAAGGACCGAUGAAUAAAGAGAUGACGUCGCGCGUGGUGAAGAAGCGUCUGGCGGACCCCAAAGUGGUCCAGUAUGUGUGGGCCGCCAUAGAGGUCAUCCGCAAUCAGAAGCAAAUCGCCAACAUGGACAGAAUUUCAAAGUACCUGAGUCGGGUUUUCGGGAUGCACCCGAAGGAGACUGCUCGACAGCUGGCCCUGGCGGUGAAGGACGGGCUGGUGGUGGAGACGCUCACCGUGGGCUGCAAGGGCUCCAAGGCCGGCAUCGAGCAGGAGGGGUACUGGCUGCCCGGGGACGAGACGGAGCCGCUGACUGAAGGAAGCAAGCUGGCACAGAAUGAGGACUGGGAGACGGAGAGCCACGACUGGUACUGCUUCCAGUGCCAUCUCCCCGGCGACGUGUUGCCGUGCGACAGCUGCUUCCGCGUCUACCACCUCAAGUGCCUGUCCGAGCAGCCCUGGGACAGCGCCUCCUCCUGGCAGUGCCUGUCCUGCAAGGGCAGUAAAAAGAAGAACUUGAGCAAACAGGAAAUGAUCAAAUACCUGCGGUUUAUCGUGCAGAGGAUGAAGGAGAGGGCCGUGGACCUGAACAAAAAAGGCAAAGACACCAAGCACCCCAUGUACAGGCGGCUAAUCCACACGGCGCUGGAUGUUUCAAACAUACAGGAGAACCUCGCCGAGGGAAAGUACAAGAGCUUCGACGAGUUCAAGGCGGACGCCCAGCUGAUCGUGCACAACACCGCCAUUUUGUUUGGAGUGCACAGUGACCAGGCAGAAAUUGCCAGAUUGCUGUACACAGACACCUGCCACGAGCUUGACGAACUCCAGCUCUGCAGAACCUGCUUCUAUCUGUCAAACGCACGGCCGGACAACUGGUUCUGCUACCCCUGUACUCCCAAUCACGAGGUGGUUUGGGCCAAAAUGAAGGGCUUCGGCUACUGGCCCGCAAAGGUCCUGCAGAGGGAGGACAAUCAGGUGGACGUCCGCUUCUUCGGCCACCAGCACCAGAGAGCGUGGAUCCCGGCGGAUAACAUCCAGGACAUCGGGGUGAGCGUGGCGCAGCUGCAGGUGAAGCGGAGCAUGGGCUGGAAGAAGGCCUGCGAGGAGCUGGAGCUGUACCAGCGCUUCCUGCGCGAGGGGAGGCUGUGGAAGGGCCGCGUGGGCGAGGAGAAGCUGGAGAGCGCGGAGGAGCCGGAGUCCAGCAUCUCCUCCACCAGCAACGAGCAGCUCAAGGUGAACCAGGAGCCCAAAGCUAAGAAAGGACGUCGCAGCCAAGCCCCAGAGCCCAAAGAGGAGGAGCCGGAGCCUGAAGUGGAGGCGGUCAGCUCCAGCCAGGAGAUCCCCAGCGCGCCCCACCAGCCGGAGAAGCUGUCGGUCUCCACCCAGACCAAAAAGGCGAGCGCGUCCUCGCCCCGCACGCUGCACCGCUCCACCCAGACCAGCAGCGACGGCGCCUGCCAGAACAUGUGCCACGAGAAGUACACCAAGAUCUUCAGCGACGUCAAGGAGAUGAUGAAGGCCGAGAACAAGCGCGAGACCGAGCGGGUGGUCCGGGAGGCGCUGGAGAAGCUCCGCUCGGAGAUGGAGGACGAGAAGAGGCUGGCGCUCAGCAAGGCGGUGUCCGGCGCGCAGGCGGAGAUGGACAGGAAGUGCAAGCAGGUGAAGGAGAAGUGCAAGGAGGAGCUGGUGGAGGAGGUGAAGAAGAUGGUGGCGCAGCACAAGCAGCUCCUCUCUCAGACCAAGAAAAAGCAGUGGUGUUAUAACUGUGAGGAGGAGGCCAUGUACCACUGCUGCUGGAACACCUCCUACUGCUCCAUCAAGUGCCAGCAGGAGCACUGGCACGCCGACCACAAACGCACCUGCCGCAGGAAGAGAUGAACGCUCCGCCCCCCUCCUCCAAGCCCCGCCCCCAGCCCCGCCCCCCCAAACACAGUGCAGAAGAGCUCCGCCCCCCUCCUCCUAGCCCCGCCCACAGCCCUCCUCCCAGCCCCGCCCCCCCUCCUCCAAGCCCCGCCCCCCAACAACCCCCAAACACGGUGCAGAAGAGCUCCGCCCACCUGCUUCCUGUCCAAUCCCACACCAGACUCUACAACACUCUGGUGAACAGGACUGACCAGUGCACAGAGCGACCACAUUUAUAUUCUCUCUCUCUCUCUCUCUCUCUCUCACACCAUCUUUCAUGUUUGCUUUGUCUCUCUUUUAUACUCUUUUCCUUUUCCAUUCUCUCUCUCUCUCUCUCAUUCUCACUCUUGCUUGGUAGCUCUUGCUCGCCAUCCCGUGUUUUCAUUCGUCUCUCACUUUCAUUCUCUCUCUCUCUCUCUCAUAUAUAUGAGAUAUGCGCAUUGUGCUGAAUUCAUUUCAGAAGCAUUUUCUGAAUUCGUGUAAGGGGCAUGACACACAUGCACAGUCUGGAGAGUUUUUCUUGUUUUCUUUUUUUUACCGUAGUGCUAAUUUUACCUUUUGUUGGAGAAUGUGUUAUUUAAGUCUUGUAGCCAACGAUGAGCAUAAACUAAAAUACAUUUUAUUACUUCGAUUUUUUAAUCACUUUUCUUACUGUAAAUUGCUAACAAACACACAACGAAAGAGUGUGCGGACGUUGAUCUUAAAAUAUAUCGCUAUCGCAGCAGUAAAUCGCUUUCAUAGGAAAAAUGUCGAGAAAAAGAACGCUGAUGAGGAUUUUAAAAAGUUUAAAAAUGGAAAAUUGUUUUAGGUGUAAUAACGUAGCCCAUUGACGUUUCCGUGGUGAUUUUAUCAUGUAAAUUUCCAGAUGACUAUCACCCUUUUAUUGGUUUUAUCCUUUUUGUCUUAAAUUGUCCUUGUCAUUGUUGGGUACAGGGUUAUGAAGUCAGGUGUUCAUCCUGACCAAAAAUAAAUAAAUCUUCCGUUUAUUAUACACAUUUUGGGUUGAAAUAUACUGUAAAUUUUAUGGGGGGGAUGGGGGGUGAUUUGCUCUUUUAGGCUAAAAUUCUGGGGAAUGUAGAGGAUUCUUUGCUGAGCUGGAUCUUAGAGAGGAUUUGGUCAUUAUUUUAUGGUUUGCACAUGAAAAUUUCUUUUUUUUUUUCUUAACCCAAAUGCUUGUAUAAAUUGCCAAAUAGUAUGUUUGUCCUAUCUGUCUUAACAGAAAAAGUAAUUUUUUUUUUUUUAACCGUUAUUUUUCUUUACUUUGCCCUGUCAUUGCUUUUGUGGUGUGCUUGCCGUAAGUUCGAUUCGCUAAAGCAUCUCGUCGCUUCGGACUUCCUGUCGUAGUUGUCGAUACGAUACGCCGCGCAUUUUCCAAAUCACCGCCAUCACACUCUGAACGAAGAGAACUGCAUGUGGAUUAACGUAAAAAAAAACAGAAUUAAAGAAGAAAAAAAAUUAAGCUAAAGCGUAGUUUCUGGUUCGCAGAACAAACGGAAAUGGAUGGACGGAUAUAAAAUAUAUCUAAAUAUAUGAAAAUGUCGUGCAUUUUGUUUCUUUUCCUCCUGACUGUUUGGGUUUAUGGUGUACGGGGACAGUUGAAUGGUUGUCCAGGUCCCGAUUUGUACAGGUAAAGAAAAGUGGUGUAGAAAUUGCCAGGUUCAUGUGUAACUAAAUUAACAAACAGAAAGAAACUAACUGUCCAUGGCUAAUGCAGCAGAAUUGUAUGUAUUAAUUUUUUUUAUUUCUUUCAUAGGAAAUUGAGAGGUUAUUCAAGUGGCUACCCAGAGAUUCUGCUUUUAUUUAUUUUUGCCAUCUUUCUUAAAGCAUUGUACACUAGUAGUUGGUCAUCGUACGUUGUGGAAAAUCAGUUCUCUAUCUUGAUGUUGAAUUUUCCCUCCUGAAGAAAUCCGUCAAAUGAAUCAUGAAUUUUAAUCCUUUUUUUUUUUCUUUAAAAAAGAAAAAAAAAGAAAAACAUGUCUGGUCUUCCUUGGACACCCUUUCUCACUUUUUUUUCUUUUUGUAAUUGGUGCCGUGCGUGUGCCUGUGUGUAAAUAAACCUUAAAGUGUCUGACAACUGUACAGCAAGAAAGCCUUAGUGUGGAAUUGUGGGAUACUUCCUGUUAUGGCGUGAGCUGCAGUUUCUUGGCAAAAUAUGCAAACAUCACAGUGAUGCUUUGGACCCAAUCCUAUAAAAAAAAACCUUCGCUGAUACAUUGCAGGUUAUUUCAAGGCCUGUGAAUCCAGCACACCACAGAAUAUUUUAUAUUUGUCCAUCCCUGUAAAAACGAGCAUUUGUGAUAUUUUCUAGUGGAAAUAUUUUGGUGUCAUCAUUCCGGUUUUUGUACAAUAUGUUCGAUAUCUGCAUGACGGUAAAGAUGUGCAUUUCAAUUUCUUAUUUUUUUCCAUGGCAUAGUUGCACUUCCUGAAAUAAUGCAAUAUGAUUUUUUUUUUUUAUUUUUUUUUUUUUAAUAUUGUUGUGAAAAAGUUAAUUUACCUCACUGCUUAACUGAUACACCACGAUUCACGUCUCUCAAGAGAAGUGUAAUGAACUAAAAUGGAGAAUGGUUCUUCAGCCGGGUUGGCGCUUUCUCUAUCCAUGUGUGUACACUUGCUGUGGCUUACUAUCCUCGCACGCGUUUAUGCAGGUUUUUUUAUUUUAUUUUUCUUUUGCUUUUGUUUGCUUUAGCUUAGCGAGAUGUUGUACUUCUAUGUGCUAACAUGGACAAUAAAUGUAUCUGCAGCCGAA